GUUUCAACAAAGUUCAUAUAAAGUGGAGUUCCCUUAUUAUCUGCCUUGGCCUUCCCAUUGAAAGUAUUAUAAAAUAACAAAGCAUCCUCCUUUGUAUCAAACACUAAAAAGGAAUGGCUUUCUCCUUUUUCUGCGAUAUAUUUAGGUAAAGUUAUACUUAAACCAUGUUCCUUAAUUAAACUAAAUACAUAUACUUUUUCUAGGCCCGUUGCUUGCCCGCCGUUGCAUAGCACUAUAUUCUGGAAAUUAGUUUAUAUAUUAAUAAUCAAUAUGCCAUCAAAUAGCGCAUAAAACAUUAAAAUAUGUGUCAUACCGGUCCAUGCACUUCAGUGCAAGUUAUUCCUUUAGAACUCUUUAAUCGAGCUGCGAACCUUUUUCUUUUGCGUUCAGUUUUUUUUUCUUCGUCCAUAAUUUAUGAUAAUAUGAUACAUAUAAUGAUUACAUAUACAAAGUAAAAAUAUCAGCGACUAUUUACAAAUUAAAACCAACCACAUGUCUUUGACAUACGCAUUGACAGUUUGACAGUAACCACUUUUUACGUCAGACAUUCCAAUGAGAUUUUCGUUCUAAAUCUGAUAUUGAAAUUUUAUUCCAGCAUCUGGGGAAACUUUAUAAAAUGCACAUUCUGUGAAAUAUUUAAAAUAAUACAGCAAAACAGCUUUACUGCAAAAAGAUCAUGGCGAUGUUUUUUUUUAAUUUAAUAUUGUUUCCUAUUUACUAUAAUAGAUUUGAUAUUGUUAGAAAAAAACUUUUUUCUUUGUGAUCUGUCAAAGUCAGGAUGUUUUUCGUCAGUGCCAAAAAACAAUGAACUUCUUACUAACUUCGUGUGCAACUUUGCAAUGUCAAAAGUCAAUUAUUUUAGCGUAAAAGUGUUCUGUGGUUUGGGUUUGGUUGCUUUUAAAAGGAUUCGCUCGUUUUAGGAGCGGUAUUUGAAAUCUGUAAGCUGUAAUUAUCUUGAAGCUUUUCAUUUCCAUCAUGGGAACCCAAAAAAAGGAGAUCCGGAAAAAGAACAAGAAACACGUAAUUUGUAUGGCAUCGGACUUCUUUUAUCCUAACACAGGAGGAGUAGAAGAGCAUAUUUAUAAUUUAUCACAAUGUCUAAUCAAAAGAGGUCAUAAAGUAGUCAUAAUUACCCAUUCUUAUGGAAAACGAGUAGGAAUAAGGUAUUUAACUUGUGGACUGAAAGUUUAUUACUUGCCUGUAAAAGUAUUUUAUGCUCAAUGUGUCCUGCCAACUAUGAUUUGCAAUAUAGCACUGAUAAGAUACAUAUUGAUAAGAGAAAGAGUUGAGAUUGUACAUGGACAUUCUGCAUUCAGUGUUUUGUGUCAUGAGGUGUCAAUUAUAGGUAAACUAAUGGGUUUAAAAACAGUGUUUACUGAUCACAGUCUAUUUGGAUUUGCUGACACUUCAGCAGUCUUAACGAAUAAGUAUCUUCAGAUGUGUUUAUGCGAAUGUGACCAUUGUAUCUGUGUGUCACACACAGGGAAAGAAAAUACUGUACUCAGGGCAAAAGUGAAAGCAUACAAAGUUUCUGUUAUACCCAAUGCUGUUGAUGCCUACAGCUUUACUCCAGACCCGAGCAAAAGAGAUCCUAAUGUGAUAACAAUAGUUAUUGUAUCCCGCCUUGUAUAUAGGAAAGGUGUUGAUUUAAUGGCUGCUGUCAUAGCUGACAUGUGCCCUAGAUAUCCAAGAGUAAGGUUUAUAGUUGGAGGAGAUGGUCCUAAAAUGUGGCUCUUGCAAGAAGUGAGGGAACAAAAAGGUUUCCAGCAUUGUGUGACCCUUUUGGGAAGUCUCAAACAUUCAGAAGUUAGAGAUGUGUUAGUGAAAGGGGAUAUAUUUUUGAAUACAUCUCUUACUGAAGCUUACUGCAUGGCUAUAGUGGAAGCAGCUUCUUGUGGGUUAAAAGUAGUUUCAACUAAAGUUGGUGGUAUACCUGAAGUGUUGCCAGACAGUAUGAUUUAUCUUACAGAACCAAAUGUUGGCAGUCUAGUGGAAGCAAUUGAAAAGGCUAUGGAAGACAUAGACAAAGGCAAUAUAUUAUGCCCCUUUGAAUGCAAUAUGAGAAUAAGGAAAAUGUACAAUUGGAUGGAUGUAACAAAGAGGACAGAAAUAGUAUACAACAAUAUAUCCUUGAAUAAAAAUAAUCCUCUAGGUUUACAGCUACGAAACUACCUCACAUGUGGUGUUUGGCCAUUUCUGUUAGUUAUAAGUCUUAUGUAUUUAUUAUUAAAAUUGACAGAGAAAAUAUAUAAAAAGAAGCAUAUUGAUAUUGCUAGGGAUUAUAAGUUAUAGUAGCAAAUAUAAGCCAUGAAAGUAGGCAAUCUACCUAUAUAAAUUUAUUAAAAAUAUCCCAGUAAUGGUUGUUAUGACACACUGUUGCCUUGAUUAUAAGUAAGGAGUCACAAAUAUUAUUACUAAAUAAUUAAUAUAAAUUAUAAUAAGUAGGUAAAUGUACCAAAGAAAUGAACAAUAAUUUAUUUUGGAAUGAUAUUUAUUAACAUUAUAAUGAAAAAAAAAAACAUUGGCUUAACUAGUCUCUAAUAAUAGUCCGCCAUUAUGAUUUAUACAAUAUACUAUAAAAUGAAUAAAUAACAUCUGUUAUUGUUAUUAUUAUUACAUUCCAGUAUUAUUAUUCAACAUCAUUGGAAUAACUUUUUUUCUAAUUUAUUAUUAUUUUAAUAAGUGUGAUUUUUAUAUACGAGACUGAUGAUUAGGUAUAAUUUUUUUGUAAUAUGUAACUCGUACAUCUUCUCUGGAAAUUCAAGC